AACUUCUCAAAGGUACAUGCUGGGAAGCAUAUAUUUCAUGACAUAUGGGAGAAAGGCACUGCUUGGAACUUCAGCACUCGUCCCAAUGAAAAGCAACAUGGACCACUCAAACAGAUGUAUUUACGCCAGACAAACCACAAGGACAUUGCAAAUCAGGUAUAA